GCAAGUUAGAGAGAUCCAUAUAAUGGGUUGGGUCCAGGAAACCUCCCUUCCAUGACAAAAACAUACAGCAAAUUCACACCCUUCUUCUUCUUCUUCUCCUUCUCUCUCUCUAUACUUCAAAUUCGCUGUCUUUCAGACUCCUCUGCCUCCACACUUCCAUCCCAAUUUAGUAUGACUAAGAUCUAGCAUGCAUUGCCAUUCCCAUGGCUUCCCCUCAUCAUUCCCAUAGCUUCAUGUUCCAAUCACGCCCCGCCGACCACCACGACUACGCCCCCACUGCUUCCUUCAACAACAUCCCCCUCUGCCCUCCUCACCUCUACUUCCACGAUGGGGUUGUCCCGUUGAUGAUGAAGAGAUCCAUGUCGUUUUCCGAAAACGGCUGCGAGGAAGUUAACGGAGACGAGGGGUUGUCGGACGACGGGUCGGCAUUGGGAGAGAAAAAGAAGCGGCUUAAUUUAGAGCAAGUGAAGGCUUUGGAGAAAAGCUUUGAGCUGGGAAAUAAGCUCGAGCCUGAGCGAAAAUUGCAGCUGGCUAAAGCUCUUGGGCUGCAGCCGAGACAGAUUGCUAUUUGGUUCCAAAACAGAAGAGCCAGGUGGAAGACCAAGCAAUUGGAGAGAGAUUAUGACGUGUUGAAGAAACAGUUUGAAGCUCUUAAAGCCGACAAUGAUGUCCUUCAAGCUCAAAAUACCAAACUCCAUGCACAGUUGCUAGCAUUAAAAACUAAAGACUCCGGCGAGGUAGCGGCGGGCGGCAGCGCCACCGUGAACUUAAAGAAAGAAAACGAACGCUGUUGGAGUAGUGACAAUAGUUGUGACAUCAACCUGGAGAUCUCAAGAACACAAGCACCAAUAACAAGUAACGGUAGCAGCGGCGGUAGAGGAUGUUCCCAACCUGGAAUCAAGGACCUGUUCCCGUCGGCAGCGUUCCGGUCCGCCGCCAUUACGCAGCUCCUGCAACACGGGUCUUCUAGAUCGACGGUCAAUCAUUCGCCCGUGAUUCAAGAAGAAAGCUUCACUCAAAUGUUCAAUGGAAUGGAAGCACAACCACAAACUACGGCAGCUGGGUUUUGGCCAUGGAGUUCAGAUCAAAAUUCCCAUUUUCAUUAAUGGAUCAUCACACAGUUUUUUUUUUUUUUUUUUUGGUUUUAUUACAAAACAGUUAAAUUUUUAUUGAAUUAGUUGGGUUGUAUUAUUACUAUUGGGGAUUUGGGAUUAAUUAAUGAUUGAGAUUGUAAUUAAAAUUAAAUGAUAGUUUUUUUUUUUUUUUUUUUGGUUUUAUUACAAAACAGUUAAAUUUUUAUUGAAUUAGUUGGGUUGUAUUAUUACUAUUGGGGAUUUGGGAUUAAUUAAUGAUUGAGAUUGUAAUUAAAAUUAAAUGAUAGUUUUUUUUUUUUUUUUUUUGGUUUUAUUACAAAACAGUUAAAUUUUUAUUGAAUUAGUUGGGUUGUAUUAUUACUAUUGGGGAUUUGGGAUUAAUUAAUGAUUGAGAUUGUAAUUAAAAUUAAAUGAUAGUUUUUUUUUUUUUUUUUUUGGUUUUAUUACAAAACAGUUAAAUUUUUAUUGAAUUAGUUGGGUUGUAUUAUUACUAUUGGGGAUUUGGGAUUAAUUAAUGAUUGAGAUUGUAAUUAAAAUUAAAUGAUAGUUUUUUUUUUUUUUUUUUUGGUUUUAUUACAAAACAGUUAAAUUUUUAUUGAAUUAGUUGGGUUGUAUUAUUACUAUUGGGGAUUUGGGAUUAAUUAAUGAUUGAGAUUGUAAUUAAAAUUAAAUGAUAGUUUUUUUUUUUUUUUUUUUGGUUUUAUUACAAAACAGUUAAAUUUUUAUUGAAUUAGUUGGGUUGUAUUAUUACUAUUGGGGAUUUGGGAUUAAUUAAUGAUUGAGAUUGUAAUUAAAAUUAAA